AUGGCCAAGCCACUGCUUGGCCGCAGGGCGUCGCAGGGCCCCGCAGGGCAGGGAGGGCCAGUGUUGCUGCCCCACGCCUGCGCAGCUUGCCCAGCCCCUGCAGGGGUCCCGAGAAAUGGCAGAUGGGAGGGCAGUUCCCACUCAGAAGGGUACGACAUCAUAGGAGUAACUGAAACAUGGUGGUACACCUCAAAACGACUGGGGGAUCGCAAUGGACGGUUACAAACCCUUCCGCAGCAACGCUUGCAAGAAUGGAAAUAUCUUCAGCAGAUGUAAAAUAUUGGGCUAAGAGAAAUUUGUGGAGAGCAGUAUAUAAUGGAAGUUACAAAUGCUCCAGAGGAUAUUUGGGUUAUAAUUAAUCUUUAUCGGCCAAGCAUCCCAAUGUGUUUACUGGUUAACGCACAUCUCAGCCUGCUAGCCAGAAAGUUUCCAGAAGUCAAGUUUCUCAAAAAUAUUGUAAACAGCUGCAUUUGGAAUUACUAUGAAUAUCUACCCACAAUACUUGUGUAUAAAACCUGUGAAAUAAAACACAGGUUCAUUGGAGCGGCUAACUGUGGGGGAAUAGACCUUAAAGUAGAGGAACUUGAAUGGAAACUAGCAUAAAUUGGAGCAAUAAAAACUGACUUAGAAGAAAACCCCCAGAAGGACAUGAUGGUGACACUGUCAGGACGAAAUAUUUCUGCUCAUAAAGACACCAUUACAAAAAGCAGUGAUGUGGUGAAACCACUUAUUACUUGA